GCGUAACCGGAGCGGCCUCGCGCCGACCGCGCGCACCUGGAGGGGGGUCCGCGCCUCCCGCACUGCCGCUCCGCCCCGCCUCACCUCACCCUGCGGCGCGGAGUUCCGAGCGCGGCGGUAUGGCCUCGGGCAAAGCGGAGGGGGAGCGGCGCUGGGAGCUGGUGCGCUGGUACGUGAGGGAGGGCCGGUUCCGCAUCGAGGAGAGGACGCUGACGGCCUUCCAGUGGCUCUACUCCCCCCAGCAGCACCGCAUCGUCAGCCGCGCCGACCUGGGCUCACCCAGCAGGAUUGACAAGACGAUGCUGGCCAGCCUGAAGAUGAAGAAGCAGGAGCUGCUGAGCAGCGCAGAUGUGACCCUCCCGGAGCGGCCGCUGUCCCCUCCACUCACCGCCCCCCCCACCAUGAAGUCUGCAGAAUUCUUUGAGAUGUUGGAGAAGAUGCAGGCCCCAAAACUUGAAGAUCAGAAAGCUGGAAGCCAAAAACAUAAGGAGGACUACAUCCCAUACCCCAGCAUUGAUGAGAUCCUGGAGAAGGGCAGCCCCUACCCACUGGUCAUCCUGCCCCAGUUUGGGGGGUACUGGAUUGAGGACCCAGAGAACCUCGGCACACCCACCUCAUCCGACAGCAGUGUCUGCGAGGAGGAGGAGGAGAACUUCAGCCCCAGCCCCUACGGGUACAAGCUGGAGUGCAAAGGAGAGGCCAGAGCCUACAGGAAGCACUUUCUGGGGAAGGACCACUUAAACUUUUACUGCACGGCCAGCAGUCUGGGAAACUUGAUCCUGUCCAUUAAGUGUGAGGAGGUGGAUGGCACCGAAUAUUUAAGGAUUAUACUCAGGUCCAAAGUGAAGACAUUGCAUGAAAGGAUUCCUCUGGCAGGAUUUAGCAAGCUGCCCAGCAUCCCACAGAUCGCAAAGGCCUUCUGUGAUGAUGCCUCUGGACUGAAGUUUAAUCCAGUUCUGUAUCCCAAGGCCUCCCAGAUGAUAGUGGCUUACGAUGAGCACGAGGUCAACAACACGUUCAAGUUUGGUGUCAUCUACCAGAAGUUCAGGCAGACCCAGGAGGAAGAGCUGUUUGGCAACAACGAGGAGAGCGCUGCCUUCAGGAACUUCUUAAAUUUGCUGGGAGACACCAUAACGCUGCAGGACUUCAAAGGUUUCCGAGGAGGCCUGGAUGUCAGCCAUGGGCAGACGGGGGUUGAGUCCGUGUACACCGUGUUCCGGGACAGGGAGAUCAUGUUCCACGUCUCCACCAAGCUGCCUUUCACGGAAGGGGACACCCAGCAGUUGCAGAGGAAGAGACACAUUGGCAAUGACAUUGUGGCAAUUAUCUUUCAAGAAGAGAACACGCCGUUCGUCCCAGACAUGAUUGCCUCCAAUUUCUUGCACGCCUACAUUGUGGUGCAGGUGGAGAACCCCGAUGCAGACACCACAUCCUACAAGGUCUCUGUCACGGCUCGGGAAGACGUCCCUUCCUUCGGCCCACCAUUGCCAAGCCCGCCAGUGUUUCAGAAGAGCCCCGAGUUCCGGGAGUUCCUGCUCACCAAGCUCAUCAACGCCGAGAACGCCUGCUGCAAGUCAGACAAGUUUGCAAAGCUGGAGGACCGGACGCGUGCCGCCCUGCUGGACAACCUCCAUGAUGAGCUCCAUGGGCACACACAGACCAUGCUGGGGCUGGGGCCCGAGGAGGACAAGCUGGAGAACGGAGGGCACGGGGGCUUCCUGGAGUCUUUCAAGAGAGCCAUCCGCGUGCGCAGCCACUCCAUGGAGACGAUGGUGGGCAGCCAGAGGAAGCAGCAUGGCGGCGGCAUCCCGGGCAGUCUGAGUGGGGGCAUCGCACACAACAGCGGCGAGGUGACCAAGACCACCUUCUCGCCCCCGGUCUCAGCAGCCACAGCCAAGAACCAGUCGAGGAGUCCCAUCAAGCGCCGCUCAGGGCUGUUCCCACGCCUGCACACGGGGUUGGAGAGCCAGGUGGACAGCAGAGCGCGAUGUGAUAGUAUUUCUGGACCACAGAAGACACCAGAUGUUGGACAUUCAUCCCAGGAGAUGAAAUCUGAGACCUCAUCCAAUCCCAGCUCCCCUGAAAUAUGUCCCAACAAAGACAGGCCCUUCGUCAAGCUGAAGGAGAAUGGCCGGUCCAACAUCUCACGUUCCUCCUCGAGCACCAGCAGCUUCAGCAGCACGGCGGGGGAGAGUGAGACACUGGAGGAGUACGACAGCGUGGGCAGCCAGCCAUCCACCGCAUCGCCCUUCAAGCAGGACGUGUUCAUCUACAGCGCAUCACCUGGCAGUGAUAGCCCGAGUGUGGGGGCUGCGGCCACCCCGGUCAUCAUGAGCCGGAGCCCCACAGAUAUAAAGAACAGAAACUCCCCGAGGUCAAACCUGAAGUUCCGCUUCGAUAAGCUCAGCCACGGCAGCUCCAGCACGAGAAUUUUUGUUUCAACCAAGGGAAAACUUCACCGCCCCGUGGGAACGCACACACCUCACACGCCAGCACGGUGCCCUCUCCGCUGCAGCCGACCCUGUGCCCUCUGGAGGACGUCACCUCCCUCCCGGCCCCAGCAGUCCCAGCCCUCCCCGUGCGCCCCUGUCUCCCCCACGGCCCCAGCAGGCUGCGGGCGGGGAGCUGGGCGGGCACCGGAGAGGUUUGGAGUGUCCCUCCGGCGCUUGCACCAUCCGCGCACACGCUCCUGUGGGUAUUGUUCCUAUUGGCAGGCACAGGCGGGUCUGGUUCUCCGGUUUUGGAGCUGGCGUGGCGGUGGUGUGGGACUGGGGCUCGUGCACUGGCCCUGCUGACCACACCCCCAGCUCUUGGGCUGCGAAACACCUGUGGCCGUGCAGCCUCGUGCCCCCCCCGGGUGCUGGCACAGGUGGCAGCGGGGCCAUCUGCCCUCUCUGCGUGGCCUCAGCGCUUCUUCCCUGCCCGGCACUCCAGCGUGGGCCCGGGACAGACAGACCGAAGCCAAAGCUGCGGUGUAACCGAAUCCCAAACCGGUGCUCGGAGCGCACUGAGCCUCCGGGCUCUGCCUCGUCCCGGGGCUGCUCCACCCGCCGGUGGCUGGGAUGGCAUUGGGCUGCUCCACCCUUUGCAGCGUCAGCCCCCGCCUCUGCACGCGCUUUGGAAGAGGGCGGUUACGGCUCUGCAAGGUGACCUCCUCGUACCGCCCUGCAGAAGAUGCCUCUGACCACGCAGAAAUGCCUCUGCCCUUAGGGAGCUUUGCCCAAGGUUCGCUGAAGUCUGUCCACUAUGUUCAGGGUGGUCACGGAUUUCCCCGGUCCACUUUUUAAACGCUGCAGAGGUGCAGCAUUGCGUCUCGUCACAAUCCGUCACCUCUGCAAAAAUAACCGCCAGAAGCGAUGUCGUUCAUUUCAAAUGGAAACCGUUUUUUGAGUGCGUGAUUCCCAACGACACACAGCUGGGAGUGCCAAAGCCGUCAGCACGCGGCUGCAGCCGCCCGGGGGGCGCGCGGAGCGCUGCCCCCGCCCCCAAAACGGCCGGGCGGUGCUGCGCGGUGCUGCUCGCGCCGUACCCCCUCGCGUGCGCCCGCCUGAAGGGAGGGCUGCGGUCCGGUGGGAGAGGGAUCCGGUUAACGAAGGAAUCGCGUCGCGGAGAACGCGAAGGACUCCCGACGGGCGCUGGGCGCUCCCUCCCGCGGUCCGUGAGUUGCGUUUAAAUCGCGUUUAAAUCUCGAGCUGCUCUUUGUCGGAGGCGGUUCCCCUCGCUUUGCUGCGCUCCGGCGGCACCGAACCCCCGCCCUUCCGCGGAGCGCUGCGCUGCGGGGCGGCCGUGUGCCCGGGGCGGCUUUCCCGAGGAGCUGUGUGGUUCUGUGGGUGUCGUUGUUUGCGCGCGUAUUGAUCUCCGUGAGAUCUUUCAGCAGAAGAUGCAGUGGUUGCUCUCGUCCGGGCUUUUGUUUUCGGGUCGUUGUUUUGUUUCUGUUAUUACUUGAAGCUGUGAGGUUCCUUCUGACCCGGAGCGGUUUGCUGUUGUCGAAGAGCUCUGGGAGGGCUGCGGCCCCGGGGCUGAAGCGAUGCGUGGGCCGUCGCGGGCCGCGGUGACGCCCCGCCGCUCUGCCCGGGAUGACCGUGCGGGUCCCGGCCGCGCGCUGCCGGAGCGCGGAGGGGUUGUGUGCUCCAGCGGUAGGUGAGGGCGUUCCUGCGUAUAUAUUGCAAAACGUUUUGUGCUUCUACGUGACACACGCACACAUGUACACACCUAUAUACAAAUGGAAGUGCUUUUUUUUUCUGGGUAAAAAGGGACCGUCCUAAGCACAGACUCAGUUUCUUUCCAGAGUUUUGGGCUCUUUGGCGACGGCAGAUGCGGGGCCGGGAUGUUUCCCUGGCAUCGGCGGGUGCGGUAGCCCCGAUGGAGGACGCGACCCCGGGGCUCCUCAGCUGCCGCUGCUGCAGGGGCAGUCGGUGCCGGGGGUGCCGCGUGGCCCCGAUCCCCGCAGGGCGCAUUGCACUGCCUGGGCUGUGUGCGGCUGGGAUGCGCUCCUCUCGGAACCUUAGAGCAUGCUUCAUUGUUUGAAUGAAUGUAGCACUGUGUGUAUCCUGUAAAGGAAAAUGCUGAAUUUAUAUCAUUAGAACGUGAAGAGAGUUUAUAGAGUGAAAAAAAAAAAUCUUGAAAAAAUGUAUCUGACAGAAGUUUAUUUUUUAUGUGGAGAGGCGGUACUUCGUAGUUCCUGGUGGCCUAUGUCUGUUGUAAAUAGUGUACAUUUAAUUUAUUGCUAUGGUAGCAGAUUGUAUUUGUUAUGUAUAAAACUAAAGGUUCACAAAUGUAUAUUUUGUUGCUUAAAUGUGUCUUUGCAAAAUUCACAAUAAAUAACAUAUUUUGUGUCCAUA